AUGGGUUGCACCAUCAGUGGCCCACCCUCUACAGUCAAACAGCUCUUGGCCCAGUCGCACGAGCUUGCAGAUAUUCAAAAGGUUGUUCUUCCUAUCUACGGUGCGUUCCAUGCCGGACAUUUAAGUUUUCCCGAUAUCGACCGUAUCAUUGCACCUGCCAGUACUGGCAGCCGACAAUUGCGGCCCAGCAUGUUCAUGCUUUCACCAGCAACUGAAAGGACAUACAUGGGUCGCUCUGUCAUGAGUAUACUAUCCCAAGGUCUCGAGGAUAUCCUCCAGGCGCCAAUUUCAUACCAAAACAUCAUCAGCCAUACAGCAACGCAGUUGAAGGGUUCAACAACAAAUAUGCGAGUUGUAGGGCCUAAUUGGGGAACUAAAAUUAUCUGUCAAGAGCUGGUAGCUCAAGGGGUCACUCUCCUUGAAAAUCAUUUUUCCGCCCAGUCACAUGCGACAUGUGAGACAGCAUACAAAGAUGACAUAGUCGUCGUUGGUAUGUCCGGCCGGUUCCCAGGUGGAAGUAGCCUGGAAGAAUUCUGGAACGCUUUAGAGGGAGGAAGAGAUUUACACACUCAGAUUCCCAAUGCGAGGUUCGAUGCCUCCAAAUAUUUUGGUCCGUACGGCGAUACCCAAGGCAAGGGUUCUCCCCCACACGCCUGCUUGAUUGAUCAACUUGGCUCCUUCGACACCAAUCUCUUCUCUAUGUCUCCGCGGGAGGCAAAACAAACCGAUCCCACCCAGAGACUGCUCAUGAUGACAGCCUAUGAAGCGCUGGAGAAGGCUGGAUACAGCCGUGAUUAUGAUGGGAAGGUUGGGACAUUCUUUGGACAGACUACAGAUGACUGGCGAGAGUCAAAUGCAGGCCAAAAUCCGGAUGUUUACUAUGUACCAGGAACCAUCCGAGCGUUUGGUCCGGGCCGCUUGAAUUACUUUUUCAAAUGGGACGGACCGUCCUACAGCAUUGAUACUGCUUGCUCCUCGAGUCUAGCCGCAGUGGAAAUUGCUUGCAAUGCAUUACGUCCUGGCGAUUGUGAUAUGGCCAUCGCAGGAGGGGGAAUAUCUUGA